AUGCUUGCAAACCCUGCAGCCCCUGCCACUGAGCAGGAUGUUGCAGUUGGACCUGAUGUCGAUGAGGAUUUGCUAAAUAGUCGAGUUGGCGUAUCAUGGCUUCAUCGAGCAUGCCGCAAGCGUGCUACUUGCGAACUGGACUACACACACUGUCCGCAUCAGGAUAACUCAGGAAGAAAUGUGCCAGGGACUUUCCAAGAAUACUGCCUAGCUGACGCCGAUUAUGUCUCCCGAAUCCCAGCAGAAGUUCCUGCGGCCCUCGCCGCACCUCUACUAUGCGGUGGAAUCACCAUGUACGGUGCGCUCUCACGCGCUGAGCUGCGCGCUGGCGACUUUGUGGUCAUCCCUGGAGCCGGUGGUGGCUUAGGUCAUUUAGGAGUACAGAUUGCGACGAGCAUGGGCUUACAAGUGAUCGCCAUCGACUCGGGGGACAAGGAAGACAUCUGUCGGGAUUCUGGGGCGCGCCACUUUUUCGAUUUUCGCCAAAGCGGUGCCUCUCUCGUCGACGAUGUGCGCGCUGCCGCGGGAGGCAUUGGGGCGCACGCCGUCAUCUGCAUUACCGGUGCGCCGUCGGCCUACGAUAGCGCUCUCGCAAUGCUGCGCAACCUGGGCAGGCUUGUCUGCGUAGGUAUUCCGCCAGCUGAAUACAGACUACAGCUCAACCCCUUUGAGGUACUCGUCCGCGGCUUACGGGUGAUUGGAUCGACCGUGGGCAACAGCGCUCAAAUGCCGUUGUUGAUGGAUCUCGUGCUGCAAGGAAAGGUGAGACCGCAUGUACAGACCUAUACUUUCCAGGAGCUGCGCGAUGUGAUGGACAAGUUAGAGCACGGGACGGUGGCAGGGAGGGCAGUUUUACGAAUCUCAGACUAG